AUGACACACCUUCGCUCUACUGACGCUCGCUACGACGCCGCUCUCAAGCUGGCUUUUUUUACUGUGAACCAGCACCCGAUGUGUUCCUCAUCCCUUCUCGCGCCCUUUAUUGCCACCACUGCUGCUGUUGGCUUCCUUCGCGCUGAGGAGGUCAGUGCUGCGUCUGCUCCUAGUGGGAGGCACCGCAGCGGCAGGGGCAAGGGGGGUAAGGGUGGUGGGGGUGGCUCUGGCGGGGGUGGUGACGGUGGUGGUGGUGGGGGUGGCGGUGGCGGUGGCGGCCGUGGAGGUGGCCGGGGUGGUGGAGCCGGUGGGGUGGGCGGAGGGGGCUCGGGUGGCGGUCGGGGUGGAGCUGGCAGAGGUGGAGGCUUUGGGGCGGCGAGUGGGGGUGCAACGGAGGCUCUGGAGGCGGACAGCAGCAGCGGCCACGCCAACAGGAGACACUCAACCCUUAGCACCUUCGUGAGUGGGUUGUCCAGCGUGGCUCCUCUGGGGGUGGUGUUCGUUGCCCGCAUAUCAGGCGCACGGGUCCCCGGACUGGCGACCCCAUGCGGGAAGACUGGAUACACUGAUCAUCGCUCUUGA